UCGUUUAAUGAAUUCCAACAAUUCGCCGUUUUCUGGUCGUGUUGAAGUGCUUUACGGGGGUACAUGGGGAACCAUUUGCGGCCAGUAUUGGGACUUGCAAGAUGCUGAUGUUGUUUGUCGCCAGCUUGGUUACGAUGGAGCCAUAUCAGCGUUUAGAAAUGGAGAAUUUGGACAAGGAAUUGGUCCGAUAUGGCUGACUAACGUCCACUGUGUGGGGAAUGAGAUAUCCAUAACACAGUGCAAUCACAGAGGAUGGGGAGUUAACUGUAGGCAUUACAAAGACGCUGGUGUGGUUUGCCGACCCUCAGUACGCUUGGUAAGUCCCGCUAGUUCGUCGUCUUCUGGUCGUGUUGAAGUGUUGUACAAUGGCACAUGGGGAACUAUUUGUGACAACUCAUGGGACUUACAGGACGCGGAUGUGGUUUGUCGCCUGCUUGGAUACGAUGGAGCUUUAUCAGCGCUUGGUAGUGCAGUAUUUGGAGAAGGAACUGGUCAGAUAUGGCUUGAUGACGUUGAUUGUGUUGGAGUUGAGACAGCAAUAUCACAAUGCAAUCACCGUGGAUGGGGAGUUGAGAACUGUGAGCAUUAUCGAGACGCUAGUGUGGUGUGCCGACCUCAAGUACGUUUGGCGAGCCCCACCGAUUCGUCGUCUUCUGGCCGUGUUGAAGUGUUUCACAAUGGUGCAUGGGGAACCAUUUGUGACAACUCAUGGGGCUUACAGGACGCGGAUGUGGUUUGCCGCCAGCUUGGAUACGAUGGAGCUAUAUCAGCGCCUGGCAAUGCAGCAUUUGGAGAAGGAACUGGUCAGAUAUGGCUUGAUAACAUUAAUUGUGUUGGAGUUGAGACAGCAAUAUCACAAUGUGAUCACAGUGGAUGGGGGGUUGAGAACUGCGAGCAUUAUGAAGACGCUAGUGUGUUGUGCCGACCUCAAGCUGUUCGCUUGGUGAAUUUCUCUUUACCAAGUUCUGGUCGUGUUGAAGUGCUGUACAAUGGUACAUGGGGAACCAUUUGUGACAACUCAUGGGACUUACAGGACGCUGAUGAAGUUUGUCCCCAGCUUGAAUAUGAUGGAGCUCUUCGAGCAGUUCGUAAUGCUGCAUUUGGACAAGGAACAGGCCAGAUAUGGUUGAAUGAUCUAAAAUGUAGAGGAAAUGACACAUCAAUAUCACACUGCACUUUAGGAUGGGGAGUUCACAACUGUCGUCACAGUGGUGACGCUGGCGUAGUUUGCCGACCUGCGGUUCGUUUGGUGAGCCCCACGAAUUUGCCGUCUUCUGGUCGUGUUGAAGUGUUUUACAAUGGUAUCUGGGGAACCAUUUGUGACGACUCAUGGGACUUACAGGACGCUGAUGUAGUUUGUCGCCAGCUUGGAUACGAGGGAGCUUUAUCAGUACCUGGUGGUGUAGCAUUUGGACGAGGAACUGGUCAGAUAUGGCUGGAUGACGUUAAUUGCGUAGGAAACGAAACUUCUUUAGCCCAGUGCAGUCACGGAGGAUUAGGAGUUCACAACUGUGGGCAUGAAAAAGACGCUGGUGCAGUUUGCCGCCCACUAAAAAUUCGUCUGGUGAGUCCCGACAAUUCACCGUCGUUUGGACGUGUUGAAGUCCAGUUUAGUGGUACGUGGGGAACAAUUUGUGGUUACAACUGGAACCUAUAGGAAGCUGAUGUGGUUUGUCGUCAGCUUGGAUACGAUGGAGCUUUGUCAGCCCCUAGAAAUGCAGUAUUUGGACAAGGAACAGGCCCAAUAUGGCUGAGUGGGGUGCACUGCGGAGGAAAUGAGACAUCACUUUCACAAUGCAGACACGCAGGGUGGGGAGGUCAUAACUGUAGGCAUAACAGGGACGUUGGUGUGGUGUG